AUGAUAGAGGACUUAGGACGAACAUACAAUGACCUAAACCAGUAUCCGGUGUUCCCAUGGGUGCUGACCAACUAUGAGAGUGAGGAGCUGGAUCUCAGCCAACCCUCAAACUACCGGGACCUGUCUAAGCCAAUCGGCGCUCUCAAUCCGAGUCGUCGAGCCUACUUCGAAGAACGCUACAACACUUGGGAACACGAAUCGACCCCGCCCUUCCACUAUGGAACCCAUUACUCGACAGCUGCAUUUGUACUCAACUGGCUAGUUAGAAUUGAACCCAUGACUACAAUGUUCCUAGCAUUGCAUGGCGGCAAGUUCGACCAUCCAAACCGGCUCUUCUCAUCUAUUGCCCUAUCUUGGAAGAACUGUCAACGCGAUACAUCCGAUGUGAAGGAGCUGAUACCAGAGCUCUUCUUCCUGCCUGAGAUGUUGGUGAACAGCUCUGGAUGUGACCUCCAACUGCCUGAUAGUCCCUCGGGCGAUGUCCAGCUUCCACCCUGGGCGUCUUCACCGGAGGAGUUCGUUAGAGUAAAUCGUAUGGCGCUGGAGUCGGAAUUUGUCUCCUGCCAACUGCACCAAUGGAUUGACCUUAUUUUCGGAUAUAAGCAACGAGGGCCUGAAGCCGUACGCGCAACCAACGUGUUCUACUACCUAACAUACGAAGGCGGCGUUAGACUUGACCAAAUACCAGAGGGUGUCACUCGCGCAGCAGUUGAAGAGCAAAUACGAAGCUUUGGACAGACUCCUGCGCAGCUUUUAAGCGAGCCGCACCCACCGCGCGCGUCCCCCCCUUCAUCUGGCACCGCUGAUCUGGCGGCUCCAGCAGCGCUGACUGUCAGCGCAGCUCGCGCCUUUGCUGCGCACCGAUGGUUGGCUGGUGGAUGUGCGCAUGUCGCUGCUAGGCAUCAGGAUUUAGCGCCUCCACAUCAUCCUCUAGUAAUGGACCCAGUGUGGGCUGCUGGAGGAGCAGCUGCUCUCGCCCGACGUCACCUCGGGGACAACUUCUCUCAACGCGUCCGUGCUCGCACCAACUGCUUCGUCACAACCGUGGACUCACGCUUCCUAAUCGCUGCCGGAUUCUGGGACAACAGUUUCCGCGUCUUCUCAACUGACACCGGAAAGAUCGUCCAAAUAAUUUUCGGCCACUAUGGCGUUGUGACGUGCGUCGCGCGAUCGGAAUGCAACAUAACAUCGGACUGCUACAUCGCAUCCGGGUCUGAAGACUGUACUGUCUUGUUGUGGCACUGGUCGGCCCGCGCUGGGGGAAUAGUCGGCGAAGGGGACACGCCAGCACCACGUGUCACACUGACAGGUCACGAGGCGGCUGUGGUAGCUGUGCUGGUGUCAGCGGAGCUCGGCUUGGUCGUGUCAGCCUCCGCGGACGGACCUGUGCUGGUGCAUACGACGUUUGGUGAAGCGCUGCGCUCGCUCGAGGCGGGUUCAGGCGCGGCGUCGCCUCAGCAAUUGGCGUUAAGCCGCGAGGGGGUUGUUGUGGUGGCGUAUAGGAAGGGACAUUUGGCGGCUUUCUCGCUGAAUGGACGUCUUCUGAGGCGGGAAACGCACGCUGAUCGAUUUAGAUGCUUGGCGCUGUCGCGUUGUGGCGAGUACCUUGUUUGUGGUGGCGAUGCGGGCGUGGUGGAAGUGUGGCGAGCGUUUACGCUGGCGCCGUUAUACGCCUUCCCGCCAGCUGGGGCACCUGUUUGCUCUCUGGCGCUUUCACAUGAUCAACGGUACCUAUUGGCCGGCCUCGAGAAUGGUUCACUGGUCGUUUUCCACAUCGAUUUCAACCGCUGGCAUCACGAGUAUCAGCAACGCUAUUAA